AUGAAGGAAGUAGUAGCCAUAACAGAGAGGAAGGAACCGGAUUGUGGACACACUGCUAAUAUCUCACAAUGCAAAGAAGUUUUAUCCUUAUUUUUGCCACUGAAUGAAGUGACCAUUGCUAGGAUAGUUGGUGUGGUUGUCCGUGCAGGUCUGGAGGAUGACAAGAGUGUAUUCCCAAAAUUCGUUGCUGAUUUUUUUGGCAACAAUACAUCUAAUCUAUCACAAAUGACUGACUGGGAUGCCGAAACUCUUAUUUAUGCAACGAAGCAACUUGCUCCUGGACUGAACUGGGUAGCUGUUAUGGAAAACCUAGAUCAUGAAGGUUUCUAUAUUCCCAAUGAAGCAGCUUUUUACUUUUUGAUGUCUGUUUAUAAAUAUGCCAGCCAGGGUCACUUUCCGCUCAGAGCUAUUUGUGGUUCUGUCUGGAAGAAUGCUGAGGGUCAGAUUUCCUUACUUAAGUAUGCUGUCUCAGCCCCUCCGGAAGUAUUUACCUUUGCACAUUCUGGGAGGCAACUGGCCAAUGUUGAUGUUGUGAUUCGCCAUAAGGUUCAAACUGAACAUGCAAAUCAUGCUUGGUUGUGUCUUGACCUUCUGGAAGUUCUUUGCCAGCUGGCUGAGAGAGACCAUGCAAGUUCUGUGAGGUUCAUACUUGAGCACCCUCUGAAGUACUUCCCUGAAGUCUUGCUUCUUGGGAUGGCCCACAUUAAUACUGCAUCUAAUCUUCUCCAGCAAGAAGUUUCAUCUGCUGUUAUCCCAAUAUUACUGCAAAAUGCCGAUGCAAGUGAGCGGUCAAAUGAUGUUUGCAGGAUUACUGUCCAAAGCAAUAACUUAAAGAACUCUGUUUGUUUACUUCUUCAAGGCUUUACUUGGAGUGAAAUUAAUCACUCACUGAAAUUACACUGA